UGGUCGAAGAGCAUCAGUCCUGCAAAAACAUGACAUACGCACUAUCUCCACACUAGCACCGCACGCCACGCUGAGGAAAACCCGCAGAACCGGAGGGGAAAGCACAUGUUUCUUCGUGAAAUAGUUGGGCUUAUUCCUUUUUUUGUGAACGUCAAUUUACCCGAGGAGGAACGGUCAUGAAGAAGUGCAUUACAGUGCUUGCAGGCACGCUUGUCUUGCUGUGUACCACUGUUGUCCCUGAACGAUUUUAUUAGAGGACUCAUCGGUAUCUGGUCAAUACUCUACAUUGGUGACCAAAGAGAAAUGCUAAAAGAAUAUGGGGCUUUCUUAUUUGCUAAGGCUUUGGUGGUGAUAAGACUCGUCUCCGUUAAUUUUAUUUAUUGAAUUAUUUAUUUGCUGGUUUACUUGUUAAAUAAUUCAUUCAUUCAGUCAUUCAUUUUUUCCAUCAGCGAGGAAACAGAACCGGAAGAUUACUCUUGUGACUUUGAGAUCUGUGCUGCUGCUACCUCAUAGCUGAAAGAAUUCGUUUUAUGCCCUGGAUUUUUGACGCUACACGGAUCUGUUUGCCGAUCUCCUCCAGAGAGGGAGAGGGAGAGGGGGAGAGAGAGAACGCGCACGAAAAAGAGAAAGACAGGUGAAGCGCUGUUGAUUUAAAUUUCGUUUUCAACAAAACCGACACGAGGAUCUGACAAAGGAGAAUGAACCAGCAGCUCUCCUCGUAAACACAGACACUUUUUCACUGGGGAAAAGAUAAAGAGGAUUCAAACGAAAAAAAAAAAAAACAAAACUCAGGCGCAAGAACACAGCGUUAGAAUCGUGGGGGCUAAUCCAAAGACGAUGGUUCACUGUGCGGGGUGCGAGAGGCCUAUAUUGGACAGGUUUCUACUGAACGUUUUGGACAGAGCUUGGCACGUUAAGUGUGUACAGUGCUGUGACUGUAAAUGCAAUUUAACAGAGAAGUGUUUCUCUCGGGAAGGGAAACUGUACUGCAAAAAUGACUUCUUCAGGCGAUUUGGUACGAAGUGCGCGGGCUGUGCUCAGGGGAUCUCGCCGAAUGACCUGGUUCGAAGGGCGAGGAGCAAAGUGUUUCAUUUGAACUGUUUCACGUGUAUGAUGUGUAACAAACAGCUUUCCACCGGGGAGGAACUGUACAUCAUAGACGAAAAUAAAUUUGUUUGUAAAGAAGAUUACCUGAGCAGCACCACCAGGGGGGACACCAACCUUCUUUCAGUUACAGCAUGCAGUGACCCUAGUCUGUCUCCAGACUCCCAAGACCCGCAGGACGACUGUAAAGACUCGGAAACCGGACAUCUUUCGGAUAAAGAAACGACCAAUAACGAAAACGAUGACCAGAACUUGGGCGGCAAACGACGUGGACCACGGACGACUAUCAAAGCCAAGCAACUUGAGACCCUUAAAGCCGCUUUCGCAGCAACCCCGAAACCCACGAGACACAUUAGGGAGCAACUCGCGCAAGAGACUGGGCUCAACAUGCGAGUAAUUCAGGUGUGGUUCCAGAACCGGCGGUCCAAAGAACGACGUAUGAAACAGUUGAGUGCUCUUGGUGCAAGGAGGCACGCUUUUUUCCGCAGUCCGAGGAGAAUGAGAACGCUAGUGGAUCGACUCGAACCAGGGGAGCUUCUCCCGAACGGCCAUUUCUCAUACUAUGGGGAUUAUCAAAGUGAAUACUUCGGCCCCGGAGGCAACUACGACUACUUCCCCCAAGGUCCCCCGUCCUCGCAGGCCCAGACCCCCGUGGACCUGGCCUUCGUGCCCUCCUCCGGGCCCGCUGGCACCCCCCUGGGGGGCAUGGAGCACCCCCUCCCGGGGCACCACCCGUCGAGCGAGGUGCAGCGCUUCUCCGACAUCCUGUCCCACCACCCCGGGGACUCGCCCAGCCCCGAGCCCGGCGUGCCGGGGCCCCUGCACAGCAUGUCCUCGGAGGUGUUCGGCCCCAGCCCGCCUUUUACCUCGCUCUCCCUCAACGGCAACGGAUACAACAACCACCUGUCACACCCCCCCUCCGAACUGAACGAGGGCACGGUGUGGUAGCCGGAGUGGAAGGACAGACAUGCGGCAGCAGGGAGAGAAAUCGGGACAGGAGGACAAGGGGA